AUGCUUUCGCGAUCUCUCUCAGCAUCCACAACAGCAGCCAUCAUCGACCGAGUAUUCCCGCCAUCUGUGUCCAGCUUUGCGCACAGCCACAGGAUCGGCCUCUCAGCCAUGACUCGACGGGCAUACAGCACUGCGUCGUCGGGUGCUAGCCCGCUCAAGUCGUGCCCGAGCUGUGGUGAGGCGCAAGCGCUCGAAUCGCUGUCGUGUCCGGCGUGCAACACGCUGCAACCCUUGCCCUCCGACAUCGACUACUACAAGGCCAUGGACCUCGACUUUGGAUCGAUCCCCAAGGGAGGCUGGGAAGUGGACACUGCGGCACUCAAGCGUGCCUGGCGGCUCAAAAUGGCCGUCACCCACCCGGACCGCAUGGUGGGACGCACCGACAAAGAGCAGCAGAUCGGUGCUCAGCAGAGCGCGCUCAUCAAUCGCGCGUACGAGACGCUGCUCAACCCCCUGCCGCGCGCUCACUACCUUCUGGAACGCUACAAGGCGCCCGAGGUCUCGGAGUCGGACUCGCUCGAGGACCCGGAGCUGCUGAUGGAGGUCAUGGAGCUGCGCGAGCGACUCGAAGAGGCCGAGAGCGAGGCAGAGGCCGCCGAGGUGCGCGCCGACAACGCACGUCUGCUGGACGCAGCCGUCGAUACGCUCGCCCAAGCGUUUGCCGCCUCGCCGCCAGAUCUGGCUUCGGCCAGAGAGGCUGCCGUCCAGCUCAGGUACUGGACCAACAUCGAAAAGGCAGCAAGGGAGUGGUCGCCGGGCAAGCCGGUCGAGCUGCAGCACUAG